UGUAGGUAAAAGGAAGGACAAGGCGAAAAGCCGAUUAGACUUUUGACGUGAUUACUUAUUUUUCAAGCCAUUCUCCUGAUCGUAAAAAUAGACGGAACAACAGUAUUGAAAGUGGAGAGGCUCACGCUGUACCAUAAUUUCAAGCCAACAUUUUUUCGCCGCCAAGGGUAUAUCCAAUGACUGAUUGAUAUUUUAUUCAAGGAUCUUGCUUUUAAAUUAAGGUUCACAACAUUUACUUUGUUUUAUCAGCUUAUUCUAGCAAAUCAGUACAAUUCCUAGUGAUUAAGGAAUUCGUUUUCAGCAAAAAAGAAGUGAUAACUCAGAGUAUCACCAAGAGCGAAAUGACAAACGAUACGACUUCUACAACACCAUUGAACAUUCUUAUCGGCGUCCAGUUUGUGGAGGCAGUACUGAUCAUAUUUGCAAACUCACUGGCGCUUGCUGCGUUCUUGAGCAAGACAUUUCGUGUGAAGAAGUCGACUUAUUUUCUUAUCAAUCUGACCGUGGCUGAUCUGAUGGUAGGAACGAGUGUUAUAUUCCUCUCAGUCUACCAUGCGAGCAGCAUAAAGGCGGGUGCUUAUAAUAGGGCCAGCAAUGCCUUUAGAUUCGUCGCGCUCAAUGCGUCCUUAUGCUCAUUCACGGCCAUCUCUGUUGAGAGGGCAUACGCAGUUCUUGCUCCCUUCAGACACCGCCUGCUCGGGAAGAAACCUUAUAUCAUUGGUAUCGCUAUGACAUGGGUAUACGCAUUUGUAUCAGCCAGCAGACAAAUCCUUCAACUGUCGAGCAAAAUGCUCCUCGCGGUUUUGAUCAACUUGGCGUUGUUUAUUCUCGGCGUAUUAGUGGUUUGCUACCUAACCAUCUGUAUCAAGGUGAAGUUCUUUACCCCUCUCCCGAGUAGAAGACAAAACAGCAAUGCUAAACUGACAGUCACGCUUUUCCUCAUGACCUUUGUGUCACUGCUUUGCUUUCUUCCCUCGGUUGCUAUAGCGUCGCACGAGAUUCUGAUAAAUAACGGUGAUGAUAAUAAAUUGGACAUUCAUUUCGCUUGGCCAAUACUAUAUAUCAACUCCUUCAUUAAUGUCUUGGUGUAUUCAUUCCGAAUGGAGGACUUCAAGAGAGAGUUGCAUCGAAAAGUUAGGGCGUGUUAUUCAUCAUGUAUGCGCGGAGAAACAACCCAAGAAGUCGUGCCAAAAUACUUACAGACAUCCAAACUCAGGGGUGAACCGAUAUUAACCAUGAUGCACCGGGAGGGUAGAGAACAGCCUUCUCUGAUCAUGAUAAAUACUGCACCAUCAGCCCGAAAUGAUAUCCCAAGCUGUAUGUAUAGCACAGAGAGGGCCGAAGCCGACCCACAACAGCUACGAUAAAUCCCUUACCGACAGCUCAAAACGACAUCCCCACAAGGUCUCAAUUGUCUAGUUCUUAAGGACAUUCCGAAAAAGAAGGGGAUUGUAUUGAACUUUUAGCAGCCGUGUAUUCACCCACCCUGUAUUCACCCACCCUGUAUUUACCAUUUUUGCCUUUUCUAGAAUACUUGUUUGCCACAGAACUUGAAUCCACCUUCAUACUGAUUUCAAAUAUCGGCCCCUCCUUGUCGCUGCCACCGAACUUGACUCUUUUUGUUCUGUUGUGUUGUUUGUAUAAUACUAUCUACUUCUAUAAUAAUUUUUAAGUGAUGUUUUAGGACACCAUCUUGCAUGGGCCCUGUUCUGUUCGUGCCGACCCCUGUGGGUUAAUACUCAAUGAAGCGUUGUCACCAGUUUACUUCCGGUCGAUUACAUAACAAUCUUUUUUUUAUUUUUAACGGAAAACGCGAAAAAUAU